GAUGUCUUCAUCGCCAACCGGGAUGGCACAAACCCGCUCGCUCGGGGAGUGCUGAGAACCAAAGGGUCCCUCCACCGCCCGUAGCAGCCAACAUGACUUGACUGCCCCCAUCCCGCGCGGUGCCUAGUCUCCAGGCGCCCCCACCCUUUCCGGGUGCGCGCGCAGGAGCCGGCGAGCCAGGGAGCUGUGCGCCCGGCAGCCUGCGGGCGGCGGCCGACCGGCUCUAGCGGAGGGGGUAUCCAGCGGCGGCGGCGGAGGAGCUGUUACUGCAGGGGGUCCCCUCGGCCGCGCCCCGAUGCCACCUGCGCGUCCCCCCGGACUCUCCAGCGCGGGGCUGUAUGGCCUGUCAGUGCCGCAGCGGAGGUAUCACUGUGUCCGCCAAUUAGGAGAUUAGGCGUUUGGCUCCUAGGGACGCGGGACGAGCGGCGCUGCCCGUUCCGGCGUGCGGAGGUUGCGCCGCGCCAGUCCCUCCCGCCGCGCUCCCCGCCACGUUUUCGGAGGGGGGCAGAGAACUGCUGUGACUUUUGAGGUCCGACUCCUCCUUCCGGCCAUCCUCCUGACGCGCCAGCCGGAGCGAGGCCAGUGUGACCGGCAGGCCCCGAAGGCUCCAGGCGUGGUGUUGGGACUUGGAACGUGUCCCGGAGCCCGCGGCUCUGAGCGCGCUGGUUAGUUUGGCGCGGGGUGGGGUGUCCCCAGGCGCAAGGGGCGGAAAGGACUUCGCGCUCUGCUCAGUUACCCACCCGCUAGUACUGCUCCCACUUUGAGAGUAAUUGGGACUUGAGCGUGACUGCGGAGCCCCGAGGAUGCGGGCGCCGGGCGCGGGCUUUCCUUUCCUCUGCCCGGCGUGAUGAAGCGGGUUUGUGAGAGGAACAAAGGCACCCGCCCCGGGCAGCGGGUCCUGGGCUGAAGACCGCGGGUCGCGGGAGCAACGGCUGCCUGCGGACUCGGGUGGUGGCUGUGCCGCCCGAGGCGAGGCGCGCUCCUCCGGGGGCGGACCACACACCCUGAGCAGGGCACCUGCGCGCCGCUCCUGCCCCAGCGCCGGGGCAGCCCCGCCUGCCGGCCCGCUGGCUACGGAGGUCCACUGCUCCUGCAGCCCCACUCCCGGCGGCCCGAGGGCCAGCGACGGACCACUAGCUGGUGCGGAGGAGAGGCGCCCGACCUCCGGCCCUUCCCGGAGAAGCCCAGGCGCCUGGAAGGGGCCGCGCGCCGUGGAGUACGCAGGCAGAUCUGGGAGCACUUCUACACACCCAGGGCUUCCAUGGGAGCGAUCUGGCCCUCCCCCUGAGCGCCCUGCUCUCUCUACCGUCUUGGCUGCCGGAGCAUCCGCUCUGUGGGGCCGGGAGUGGCUGGGAUUCCCACCGUCCGCCCGGGGUGUGGAGUGUGAGGCUCGCAAGGUCCCGGCUGCCCCGCGUCUCGCCGGAGCCGGAAAGGGCACGGGUCCGGGGCGAGGGCCGGCCGGGCGUGUUUGAUGGCUUCACUGAGAAGAGUCAAAGUGCUGCUGGUGUUGAACUUGAUAGCGGUGGCCGGCUUCGUGCUCUUUCUGGCCAAGUGCCGGCCCAUCGCUGUGCGCAGCGGAGAUGCGUUCCACGAGAUUCGGCCGCGCGCCGAGGCGACCAACCUCAGCGCGCACGGCGCCAGCCCCAUCCAGGACGCGGUCCUGAAGCGCCUCUCGCUGCUGGAGGAUAUCGUCUACCGGCAACUGAAUGGCUUAUCCAAAUCCCUUGGGCUCAUUGAAGGUUAUGGUGGGCGGGGCAAAGGGGGCCUUCCUGCUACCCUUUCCCCAGCUGAAGAGGAAAAAGCCAAGGGACCCCAUGAAAAGUAUGGCUACAAUUCCUACCUCAGUGAAAAAAUCUCGCUGGAUCGUUCCAUUCCGGAUUAUCGUCCCACCAAGUGUAAGGAGCUGAAGUACUCCAAGGAGCUGCCCCAGAUCUCCAUCAUUUUUAUCUUCGUGAACGAGGCCCUGUCGGUGAUCCUGCGGUCGGUCCACAGCGCUGUCAACCACACGCCCACACACCUGCUGAAGGAGAUCAUCCUGGUGGAUGACAACAGCGAUGAAGAGGAGCUGAAGGCCCCCUUAGAGGAGUACGUCCACAAACGCUACCCGGGGCUGGUGAAGGUGGUGCGCAAUCAAAAACGGGAGGGCCUGAUCCGAGCGCGCAUUGAGGGCUGGAAGGCGGCCACCGGCCAGGUCACUGGCUUCUUUGAUGCCCACGUGGAAUUCACUGCUGGCUGGGCCGAGCCGGUUCUCUCCCGAAUCCAGGAGAACCGGAAGCGGGUGAUCCUCCCGUCCAUCGACAACAUCAAGCAGGACACCUUUGAGGUGCAGCGGUACGAGAACUCGGCCCACGGGUACAGCUGGGAGCUGUGGUGCAUGUACAUCAGCCCCCCGAAAGACUGGUGGGACGCCGGAGACCCUUCGCUCCCCAUCAGGACACCAGCAAUGAUUGGCUGUUCCUUCGUAGUCAACAGGAAGUUCUUUGGUGAAAUCGGUCUCCUGGACCCUGGGAUGGAUGUGUAUGGAGGAGAAAACAUCGAACUUGGAAUCAAGGUAUGGCUCUGCGGGGGCAGCAUGGAGGUCCUGCCUUGCUCACGGGUGGCCCACAUCGAGCGGAAGAAGAAGCCAUACAAUAGCAACAUCGGCUUCUACACCAAGAGGAAUGCUCUCCGGGUGGCUGAGGUCUGGAUGGACGAUUACAAGUCUCAUGUGUACAUAGCGUGGAACCUGCCGCUGGAGAACCCAGGAAUCGACAUAGGUGAUGUCUCUGAAAGAAGAGCCUUAAGGAAAAGUUUAAAGUGUAAGAAUUUCCAGUGGUACCUGGACCACGUUUACCCAGAAAUGAGAAGAUACAAUAACACCAUUGCAUACGGGGAGCUUCGCAACAACAAAGCAAAAGAUGUCUGCUUGGACCAGGGGCCGCUGGAGAACCACACAGCAAUACUGUACCCAUGCCACGGCUGGGGACCCCAGCUGGCCCGCUACACCAAGGAAGGCUUUCUGCACUUGGGAGCCCUGGGGACCACCACGCUCCUCCCCGACACCCGCUGCCUGGUAGACAACUCCAAGAGUCGGUUGCCCCAGCUGCUUGACUGCGACAAGGUCAAGAGCAGCCUGUACAAGAGGUGGAACUUCAUCCAGAAUGGAGCCAUUAUGAAUAAGGGCACUGGGCGUUGCCUGGAGGUGGAGAACCGUGGCCUGGCUGGCAUUGACCUCAUCCUCCGAAGCUGCACGGGACAGAGGUGGACGAUUAAGAAUUCCAUCAAAUAGUGGGGAGGAGCUGGGGACCUGGAGACUGGCCCCCAGGGCAGGGUCUGCCCGUGCUCUGGCCCAGCUACGCUGGUGGAGAAACAGCUGGGAGCCAGCAGGUGCUCGUGGGCUUCUCCAAGGCAGCAUGGCGGGGCGGGGAGCGGCGAGGGGGGGGGGGCAGAGGGCCAGAUGGAGACGCUGUGUCCACCUCAGGCACUCAGCUCCUGCACCCUGGGGAAGCGCCCCGCCCCCACCCUUCUCUGGGAACCCAGGCGCUGUGUCUUCUGCAGCCCAGAUGUGGACCUGGCACCGAGGAGUGAAGCAUCCACAUCUCUGUCGUCACCUUCCCACCCGCUAUCGGGACUGGACUGGCAGGGCCUCUCCUCUUUCUCAUCUCUUACAGCAGCAGCUUCGAACUCCACCCCAGCCCUCAAUAAAGUGGGGGAGGAGCUCAGCCACAUCCUAGUUCUCCCUGCUCAGAGGAGACAGUGAGGCCUCGAGACUCAGUUUCCCCUGAGGUUGCUUCUGCCCAGAUGUCCUCUCACAACCAAGGCAGCCUCCAGCCCAAACCUGCCCAUUAGGUGGCACUGGGGGCCACAGCUCUGGAUUUUUCUGGUCCCGCUCCCCCCUCCCCCCAGAUGGCCUGGAGCUAACACUUCCAUGGUCGCCUGCGCAUUGACUAGGCUCCUAUGUUCCUGGGCCAGCUCUUCUGCCUGUGUCUGGAGAGCUGAGACAGGAAUCAGCUGAGCACACAGAGCAGGCUAAGCUGUGAGGGACCCAGGCUGGAGCCAGGCCAGUGCCUCUUCGCCUGCCCGGGGAACAGGGAGCCCUGACUCAGAGGCUGCUGCAGGGGGAGCAGGGAGGGGACUGGAGCUUACAGACUGGAGCCAGCACAGCAAAGGGGGCCAGGACCCUGGGGUCUGCUCUGUGCUCAUCUCAUUUCAGCCCACGCUCUACUGGCUGACAGGGGAGAAGGCAGUCGAUUCCUCUCUGAAGAGUAAUAAUUUUUUUCGAUUGCCCUCUGGUUAGGGUGCACUUAUAAAUCAGAGUUAAUAUAUGGACGUGUGUGCAUGCGUAUGAGUAUGUGUGCCUGUGUGGUGCGCGUGGCAGGGCGUGUGCAGCUGCAUGUGCGUGUGUGCAUGUGUGACGCCACGUGGCAUGUGCGUCUGGGUGCGUGUGAGUGUGGUAGAGCAGACGUAGAAGUAUGGCUUUGGGCUUGCGCUUCAUCGCUCACCUGGAUCAGGACAAGGCUGCUGAGAAGCUUGGGGGGUGGGGGUGGCCACACAUGUGGCCAGAAGGAUGUGGCUCAGCCUUGCCCGUGUGGUGCCCAGACAGAAGGCUGUCCUUCUGCCAGUUCCCAUUCCUCUCCCUCAUGCUGUCCCCAAAGGUCAAGCCCUGCCCAGAACCAAACCCUGUAGUUGUCCAGUUUAGGGUUCAUAUGUCUCAUUUGGUGGCAUCUUGUUGGUGGUCAGCCCACUCCAUCUCCCCCUUGUGAAAUAAAUACAUGUGAGCACUUCC